AUGAACAUUAACCUUGAGGAGGCACUCGACGAGUUUGACUCGCGGUACCUCGAAAGCUACCACCAGGUUACAGCGAAAAUGGCUCUGCUGGUACUCGCCCCGGCCCCAGGCCCAGGACCAGUGCUGGCGCCAGGCCUGACGCCAGAUCUGCCUCUGCCCCCACUAAGACUCCUGCUGCCACUCUUGGCCUCCAGAGAUCUGGAUGACAAUUAUCUCUUGUCGCUGAUCGUGCCGCUCGCGCAGCCACCUCUCAUGGGGCCACCGCGGGCGCCGCCGCGUCAGAUUUCCACCAGAGACAGAGACAGAGAGGUAAGAAGACCCAGCCAAGACGACAUUAAACGACAACAUGUUAAAACUAACUUGAUUCAAAAGUCUCCUACAGAUAUAAAAAUGGGCUCUCCAGAAGCCAGGCUACGGAAAGUGCCUGGUCUGGCACUGGCGCCUGUCCUGCCAGCCACGUCUGAGCUCCAAUGGGGGCUUUCAGUGGAUAUUGCGGGCAGGCAGCUUUCUGUGCUUGUGGAUGUGCCGCGGGGGAGAAUCCAGCGACUGCUUCUGGCGCUGUCGCUAGUGCAUAAGACACUGCUGCGGCGAGGAAGAGACCGGAGGAAUUCUUCGGCGACGUAUGUUGGGAAUCCGUUCUACAAAAAGACCUCAAAACGAGAACUUCGAAGUGAGCGAAGCGAGCUUUGA